AUGUCGGCCGAGGUCGUUCACCGUAACGCCGGGCAUCCGUCCUUUCGGCAGGACAUCUUCCAGCAAAAUGAGAUCCCAAGUGCUGCCAGAAGAAAUGUUGACAAGGAGGAGAGUACCCGAAAGUUAGGCACCCUCUACGAGGCUUGUGGUCAUAUCGCCUCGCGGGUACGACCUCAACUGGACGCAUUGGCACAAGAAGUGCUUGAUAAUAUACGAUCGGCGGCAGAUGUCUUGGACGCAAUCGCCGACGAGCGGUUGCGCUUCAUGCCCGAGAAUGGCAGUCAACUUGACCGAGCUUUCAAACAGGCGGUCGUCCUUGUGGGAAGGUUGGAACAGCUCGCCCGACUCAUGGCGACUUUCACAUCCGGAACCGAACAAGCAAUCCGACUGACAGGUGGAAGUUGUCUAUUGCUUCUGCAGUGUGGUUCAGAGCAGGGAAGACUUUUAGCCUCAGUCUUUCAGACCUUCCAUCGAUUCGCAAUCGAAUUGUCGCACUUCAAAAACAAUAUAGACCUCCUGUUGUCCAAUCCCGAUACUCAGCAGGAACUUGUUGCCGCAUACGCCGAGCUAUGCGGGCUCAUUUGCUCAGUCAGUGUGCACUACUUCCAAAGGGCCCAAGGCUCCUCCAAGCUCCUCGAUGCAUCGGAUUUACGGUCAAGGUUCAGUUCUCAGAUUGAGGCCUUCAACUCCCGUCGAACCGCGGUCAAAGAGAAACUCUGGAGCAAUCUCAUCGUUGGUGAUGUCAGUGUCGAUCCGUCAGAUAAGGUUCAAGAGAUCUGGGAGUACUUGUCCGUCAAAGAUCGAGUAGUCUCUAGCAUCCUUUCUAUGCGUUCACCUGAGCCGGCAGAACACACCUGCGAGUGGUUUGCCAAUAGAUUCUCUCAAAUUAAGUCCAGUGAGUAUCAAUUGUGUACUAUAACCGGUGAUACCGGUACAGGAAAAACAGUUUUGUCGGAGUGGAUGGUCCAGCAACUCCAAGCAUCACUUGAUCCACAGGACUAUGAUGUGGUUAGUUUCAGACUUUACGAUGAUAUCAGCGCCACUACUGGGCCCAUAGGGUUAGCGAAAGGGCUCUUGCUAGAGAUGGUCGGAAGGCAGGCAAAGGAUGGCGAGCUGCUAAGAGCACUGGAAUACUCGAUCGGCGUACACUCAUCUGGGGCCUCCAGUAAAGUUGUGGAGGACUCUCUGUGGCAAGCUAUAAACAUUGCCGUAGAAGGAAUGGGCAAAUUAAUGAUUAUCGUCGACGGCGUCGAGAGUCUCAAUGGGGAUCCAGAAGUUAUUCCCCGCCUCUUUGAUCAUUUGCAAGCCUUAGCUUCUCAGAACCAUUCAGUUAAAGUGGUCACGCUGUCUAGGCCCUUGCACGGUUUGCCUGAUCAGGCUUUGCGGGUCAAGAUCGAACCAAGCCAGACAUCCGGCGAUAUUCGGACAGUAGUUCGCAAUGCAAUAGAGUCCUCCGAAAUCUGCACCGGAAUGAAGAAAGAAGAUCGAGAGAAAAUCGAGAGUGGAAUUGUGAAGAAGGCAAACGGGUGUUUCCCCACAGCGCAGUUAGCGGUUUCUCAGUUGAGUGAUUUGCGGACCGCAUCAGACAUGAUAUCCCUAGUGCAGAAAAUGCCCUCUUCACUUCAGGAUAUGCUGAAGCAGGCACUCGAUUCGAUCGAUUUGGGCGACUGGGCUGUGCGCUCGUUGUUGGCUUGGACAAUUAUCUCCCACCGCCCCUUACGAGUAGAAGAAAUUCGAUCGCUCUUGGAAGUCGACACGAAAAGAACAGAGGUUGUAUCUCGCGUGGGAAAUGCGGAAGACGACAUUCGACGAGCGUUUGGCUCCUUCAUUACAAUCGAAGACGGCAUAGUUUUCUUCAAGUCUUCUGCUCUCCGACAAUUCGUCUACAAUCAGGCCAAGUCAGCCGCUAGUGAUAGCAGCAAAGGAAAAUUGCCAGUGACAUUGAAGGAGGCGCACUCCGAUCUUCUUACGCGGAUGUUGGCCUAUGUGAAGCUCAACGUGACUGAUGAGGUCGAGGUAUCCACGACGCCCAUGAGCUGGUCGAGGCAACAUCGAUAUUUCGAUCAAUAUCAACUUCUCGAGUAUGCAGCGAGAUAUUGGACGUUGCACUUUAGGUCUUCCCAGAUGACCGAGAGGGAAAAGGACAACUUCAAAGUCACCAACGUAUUUAAGCGAAGCUUUCCCGACUCUAUCUUGCUCGCGCUGCUUGAGGGGAGUUGCCACCAAUUGCAAUAUCUACCAUACCAGGCACAGGAGCUGCAGGCUUUCUCCGUCCAGCUACGGAGGCAGCUCCUCCAGGACCUAUCCCGGCCACAUCUGCAAAGCUUAAUCAUCGCCGCACAGAUGUCGUAUCAGCUGGGGUCAACCAGUGCAAUCGACUAUUCUUAUGAAGCCUGGAAAAAGAGCAGCUCCUUACUAGGACCACGCCACAUCGUGACGAGAACGAGUGCCGAAAUCUUCGUUGACGUAGCCAGCCAGAACAAUAUCAGGGACGAGGUCUUCCUGCGUCAUAACGAAGAAAUACUGGAGAAUUUGAUGCAGGCAUCUAAGGAAGAACUCGGCUUUACCCAUGAUGCUACAAUCACAUAUACACAAAUGCUUUUCGACCACUACGCCACUGUGAAGAACAAAGAGUCCGUAAGGAGGCUAUCCAAGGCACUUUUUGAGAUGAGCGUUGCAAGAUACGGCCAACACUCCCAGAAGACGGAGGAGGUGACCGGGCACAUCUACAGGCAACUCGAAAGGCUGUCUAUGUCCGACGCUUGUGUCGAGAUAUUGCAGACUCAGCAUGAAUAUUCGAGGCAGAAUUUGGAUAUCACCGAUCAGCGUGUGAUCGAUUCGACGUUGCAAAUGAUUGAGAUCUGUGAACAGCGGGGCGAGACCUCCAAGGCUGAUGCCCUUUUCAUGGAUACCUGGAGAAAGCUUUUGGCUGUGGAGGAUACCUCUGACUCGGCCCUUAAGAAACAGGCAGAAUUUACUAUCAAAUAUGCUAAAUAUCUUGAACGGCACUCUCGUAAAGAUGAGGCGGAAUCCGUUACCAGCGCUGCGUGGUUUUGCUUGGAAUCUCAGCUGUCUCGUUUCGAUCGAUUAGGCUCAACUUUCGAAAUGGUGCUCAACCAUAUCCGGAAAAUGAAAUGGAGCAGCCUGGCUCAAUCAGCCAUGAGAACACUGUGGGAGUAUCGCAAGUCCCAGAAGCAACCCUCACAUCGGCUUGUGAAAGCCACUGCGUCGUUAGCCCAGACCGUGCAGCAAUCCAGUUCUACUACUUCAGCAACUGAAACAGGCAUGUCUCAGGAACAGGUUGGGGUACUCCGUGAAAUCUUAGAGUCUGCUAGGUCAUCGGGGGUGCAUUCGUCCGAGACUGAUUUAGCAUCCAUGAAGGCCUCCGGGCGGGUUGCGUCUUCUUUAGCAGAACAAGAACGAUACUCAGAGGCUGCCGCUGUAUAUCGUCAAGCUCUGUCCCAUGUUGGGUCCGAGAUUGAUAGCAAGUCGAUGACGAUCCGACUCAGUGAGAACGUGGGUGAAACAGUACAAUUAGCAACAGGCCUUGCGGACUGUUACUUCAAAGAUUUGCAGAUUGAAGAAGCAGCACUUGUGUAUAAAAAUGUUCUCAAGGCUGUGCUCUCUUCUGAUGCAACAGACACUCAUUUGGUUCGAUCCACCGCAAACAAAGUGAUCACAUUCUACCGGGCAAUCUACCGCUUCCCUGAGGCAAUCGCGACGUAUGAGGACUUGUAUUCAAAUACAUCAUCUCGCUUGGGCAAAACGCACAAGCAGAACAUUGAGAUCCUGUACGAAUGGGGCGACCUCGCAAAAAGAUGUCACUACAAGAACGAGGCCGAACGAGCGUAUGAGGAGAUCUACAACAAUCUUCGCCACAACGGUCAGCUGGAUAGAAGAGCCAUUCCCGCUUCUCGUUCCCUUGCCGCUAUCUAUGAGAAGAAAGAAAGAUGGAGGGCAGCCAAGGGCGUUUAUGAGACGUUGUGGUGGACAGUUCUUAACGGUGAUAAGGACCAUCUACUAGACAGCAAGCUUGUUGAGGAAGUUUAUCAGCAUUACCAAUCACUGUUGGAGACAAAGCUGAAUGCCGACAUCGUGGAGAUACAUGAUCUAGCAGCUAGCUACCGCAAAGCGUGUCAGCGGCAUCACGGAAGCUCCAGCGAGGAGAGCUAUAACGCGACUCUCGCGUUGGCGGAUAUUUCCCGCAGGGAUGAGAGAUAUCACGACGAAGCAGUGGAACUAUACGAGACAGCACUUGAACAAAGCAAAACACUUUCUGGCCAUCAGGAAGAGUCUACAAUGGCCAUGAAAGACUCCCUUGCUGGUCUCUACUCCCGCCAGUCUCAGACCACUCAAAAGGCCGUAAUAUUAUACAGGGAGAGGUAUAAUGCAUCCAUCCACGAGCAUGGAUAUGCGUCUCGGAAACAUACACUGCUGCAACUGCGGGAGUUGCUACAACUACUGCAGAAACAGGGCAAAAAAGCUGCGGCCAGUGAGCUUCAGGAGACACUCCAGAGAAGCACUGUUGCAACCUUCGAAGAAAAGACUGACAGUCAGCGUUUGUACUCCGUGGCAGUUGAGCUUGCUCAAAUGUACCUCGACUUUGGAAUGAAAGAAGAUGGUGUUCGGCUUUCGAGAGAACUCCGUCACCGGCUCAUCCAAGAGACUAUGUACACGAAAGGGUCUCAUCCGGCCACUAGCUUCGUUGUCGCUUUCGAAAUGGCCUUGGGUAGUAAAACUCGAAAUUAUGGGACCAUAAUGGCCGACUUGAUCGCAGAAACCCAGCUCUAUUCCGCAUUCCACCAGAACCGGAAACAGAAGGGCUUCAUCCAUACGUUCGUCGCUGGCGUCCGGCUGAUGAACUUCCAAAGCGGCAAGGGCUGGACUGGGAAUGCCAACGCCACCGAUGCCGAGCUGUUCCAGUUGUUCACAGAGCGGUUCUCAAGUAUCGAUCCCGGCAAGACCGUUCUGCGAGAGUUCUACGACAUCUGCAUCUCGCAGGCGACCCAGGGAGACCUGGUGAAGAGGCUGACUCGAGUGAUCGUUGACAAUGUUUAUCAGAAAUUGACCACCAGUCAUUUCCGACCAGCGUACAGCCAUGCAGCAAUUCUGCAUGAAUUUGUCAUGGAUUUUGGGGGAUUUCAGGAUCCGAUCAGCACCCGGGAUGGUGUGAAACUCUCCGAGCAUCUCCUCGUGCAUGGGUCCCAGAAGUGCCCCGACCGUGAGCUGAGUGGAAAGAUGCUAGAUCUAUCCAAGACCAUCUUACAUGGAAUUAUCUCUUCUUAUCAUGAGACGGGAGUGAGUCUCACGGACUUUGAAGACACCGAACUCAACCAGCUUGCCAUUUUGUUGGGUGGUCAGAAGAGUUUCGAGGACCUCGAGUUCCUUCUCAGCCAGUUGUGGUCCUCCCGGAUCGUUCAAAAGACCUGGUCUUCUGACACUAUCAUUCUGGUGGGACGUCGACUGGUCGAAGCCCGCUUUUCGAACGGUCGGACCACGCAAGCCAUCCAGCUUUGUGGGGAUCUCUGCUACAAUGUCAAGCGAGUCUGGGGCCAAUUCGAUCGGAGUGCUCUGGAGUUGACGAACCUACUCUCAUCACUCUAUACCGCUGAGGGUGACCAUGUCCGUGCGAUGGGGGUUCAUGAAUCCGUUCUGCGCCAGCUACUCGAAGAUAGCGCGGACCUCACACUGUCACAGGCGGCUGAGAUUGCUUCCAGCCAAGCCGCACUGCUCCAAAGAUGCUACCAACGAAACGGAGGCUGGAGGAAGGGAUCGGAGCGCUACGAGAACAUGUUCACCAGAUUGAAUGAGAAAUUUGCCAAAGAGGUCAAAUGGGCAGCUCGACAUCCGCGACAGUGGAAGACCAAGGACGCUGACAAACUGGGGGAGUGGGAACCUCCUCACGAUUAUGGAUUUCUCACGUCUGGCAAAGCCGCUGCACAUCGGAAUCAGCUGCGCAAGGCUAGUGAACCCGAUCUUGAGUCCUUUCGUAACGGACGCCAGAGUAAUCGAGAGGAUAGUUCAUGA